AAUUAAUAACGGUAAGAUGUCGAUACGCGUAAGUUUGGAAAUAUGAAAAUUGUGGUCGUUUUGUAGCCAACUAAAACGGACUGAACAAAUUGAAGACUUCGUAUUUCCCACUUGUGAUAAAAAGGAUAGACGAGAAAGAUCUAUCGUAGCUUGAAAGUUGAAAGGAAAAAGCAAUGGUUAUGAACAACGAGUCGCAAAAACCGGGAACGCCGACGCAGGCAAGACAACUCGCCGAAAGCGACGACAUUGCUAGCAGUUUGGUUUUGGAUACGAUGCUGGGCUUUACGACUCAUAAAAUGGCAGCGAGAUUCCGUCCUCUGAAAGUUGAUCAAGAAAUUGUGAGGAAAGCGCUGGAAAGAUACCGCAAGGACGGGGAUAUUGAGCAAGCUUACAACGAAAUCGUGUUCAACGCUGGAGAUUGGGAGCGAUGCUAUUUCAUCACCAAAUCCAAACCUCAAAUUGCGGCUUUCAAGGAGCACGUUUUCAGAUAUAUUGGUAUAUUUCAUCCAAACUCUGGUUACAAAGUAGUACCUUGUAAUCGGUACUCUGGAGAGGAGCAUGGAGCUAAAGUUGUGGCUACUUGUGAAUGGAGCAAGGGUGACAAGCUACCAUUUCUAUGUGGGUGUAUAGCAGAGAUGAAUGAAGAAGAAGAGAAAAAGCUUCUCCGUCCUGGAGAAAAUGACUUCAGUAUCAUGUUUUCUUGUCGGAAGAAUCUAUCACAACUUUGGCUUGGUCCUGCAGCUUACAUCAACCAUGACUGUCGUCCCAAUUGCAAGUUUGUGUCCAUAGGUCGGGACACAGCUUGUGUCAAGGUAUUACGAGACCUAGAACCAGGAGAGGAAAUCACAUGUUACUAUGGCGAAGACUUCUUUGGCGAUGAUAACUGCAAUUGUGAAUGCGUGACAUGUGAGAGGCGAGGAGUCGGGGCAUUCAAGUCUAAAGCAAAGACUGUUGACAAGAAACAGAAGUACAGCUUAAGAGAAACGGACAAGAGGUUAAAAAGGCUGGCUCGUAGAAUGACAGAUUCCUUCAUUGAUGUCGAUAACAUCCCCUUACCAAAGGUUGUAGUGGAGUCUGAGGAUGUUGAUACAACAAACACGUUCGACGAAGAAAUAGAUUGCUUGAUCUCAGUUGACCUCAAAACUGUUGAAGAUGAUGCAGUUGAUGCCUCGCCCACAAUUCCCACACACAGGUUCUACUCAAAAACAAAUCGACCCAAGCCUCGAUCAAAUGUAACAAUCGGCCUGGAAGAACUGAAUGCAGUGAAGAGAAAGCGCAGGAAAAAAGGCCCAAAACUAUGCAUGCCGACAAAGCGCAAGAGACGAAGACAUACUGUUACAAGGGAGUAUGAUGACAGUCCACCUGACAACAUCUGCGAGUUUAUUCCCCCAGCAAGGCAUACCUCUGUAGACAGUGGCGUAGAUGUGACAGACAAUGUUGACAAUGACUUAUUCACAUAUGGUCAUAGAUAUAAGGGUGUCAUGAAACAAGUGGAGUAUCUUCCUUCAAGAACAUUGGGAAAAGCCAGUGAUACCUACAUGCUGUCCGGGCGACAUAUGUCAAUUAAUACAACCAUAAACUCUCUUCCGUUCUAUAAAAAUUCUGCUAGUUAUAGAUGUCCUUGCUGCCCCUGAGCACACUACUGUAACUGUACUUUUCUUAAUUUAUGAAUCAUCUUUAGCUACAAGACUUAGUUUAGUAGGAGGCAGUAGUCUUUCUUGGUACAUGAUGUUGCUAGGUAAUGUAAUAGCAUGACACCCUUUCAGAUAACUUAACACUGUUAAGGCAAUUCAAUAGCUGUAGCUGAUACUGUUGUCAUGAUAGUUCUAAAUGACACUGAUUGUAAUAUUUUCUCACAUCUUGUUACAGCCAAAACUGGUCACAAAUUUCUGCCAAGAAAUUAAUCAGUCCUUGUUUCCACAAAUUUACACGUAAUUAUUAGCCUGCGUAACAACUGUUCUCGCAUUUUGCUUUGGGGGCGAUGGGAAAAUGCGGGAAUUCAUGCUUGCUAUGUAGGCUACGUAAUAAAUAUUCAGAUACUUGUAUUUAUAAUUCUAAUCAGUGGUGCUUCAUCACUGGACUGUCCUGAACUUCUCAAUAUUACAUUUUUCAAUUAAAUACUGCUUCUUAAUAACUUAAUAAUAUUAUCAGUAUGUUUACUUGUCAGUCUGUUGUGUAACCUGUAGUUCUUUCUUGUGUAAUAUUAAUGGGAGAGUAUAGUGCCCAAAGUAACCAAAAAUUAUUGGAUGCUGAUCUUUGUGUAUAAUGGAUAAUCUCAUUUUAAUUAUUUCCUUUGUAGAAACAGAGUUUACUCAGUGAAAAAAAGUAAAAAAAAUUGUACUUACUGGGUGAAGCUUCAGUGAGGUGUGACAGCAUUAUUUUGUAGAUAUCUUCCCUCUGAAUGGCAGAUGGGUUAUAAAGUAUGACUUUACCUUG